UCGGGGGUAGAGGAGCGUCUGCGUCUUCACUCCAUCCAUUCCAUUCUCUCUCUCCAGUCGCCCGUCAGCCGGCAACCGUAACGGAAGGCGAGCGCAAGCAGGUGUGUGCUCAGUCCGGGAUUCAGAGUGCGAGUAUCGGGUGCUGCGCUGGGAUAUUUUUCGUCAGUUGGAUUGGGCGGUCCCGUGACACAUUUGACACACCCCAGUGCAAGCCCCUUGACGAUUUCGUCGUGCGCAUCCCUCAAUGAAAAUUGUUCACAGUGGAUCACUUUUGGUAAGAGCCUCUUUGGCUCAAGUCCAACCCGGUGCGCGAUGCGGUUUGACCCGUCCCGCGACCAGGAUGGCACGCCACAGGCCAAAGGAUUCUUUUGCUGUGCGCCGUAGCUGAGGAUUAAAACUCAUCACUAUACUGAUCAGCGCCGACCCUCUGCUCUGCUGGUGCUCAGGGGCGUUGACGAUGCAAACUAAGAAUGUGAAUAUCCAGCAGGCAGAAGAGAACGAGGUGCACUCGUCGAAGAAUGCCGCGAUGAGUGACGGGCUGGACGCCGCCGGGCCCAGGGCCGGGCUGGCGGCGGACCUGCUGGACGCCCUGGUCGCGGACGGCGCCGUGGCGGCGGGGGGCGGCGACGCGGAGGAGCAGCAGCAGCGGCCCGCGCUGCCGCCGCGCACCGGCCUGGCCGCCCUGACCACCGCCAACAACAACACCCUUGUCCGCAACAACAAUAACAACAAGGGCCUCCCGCUGUGGGCCCCGGACACGGACCCCGUGAUCUACGCGGCCCUGCCUGGACUGCUGCUAGCCGAGGCCGAAGGUUAUGGGCCGUACAAGCCGGUGCCGCCGCCCAAGCCCCUGCCCGCCAGCAGCGCCCAGGCCUCGCCGCCGCCCUACCGCCUGCCGCCGGGCCUGUCCCUGCCCGGCCUGUCCCCGGGACUGUCCUCCGGGCUGCCCGGGACAGCCACGGACAGCGUCGAUCUGGGGCAGGAGCCGCUGACGCCGUCGCCGCGCCUGCUGCACACCCACUCCAGCAAGUUCCCGGUGAGUGCCGCUCUGGGCCGCUCCUCCUCGCGCUCAUGA